GUAGAGUUCUCAGAGCGAGUGUUUCCGCUUACCUAAAAUAAAGAGCUGGCAGCGGCGAGUCGCGGACGAGGAGUGACGGAGCAGGGCUGACGGAGCUCGACGACGGAAACCUAAUACAUUCCAGCUAUUUUUCACAUCUAGCUUUGGGUGUCGUCUCUCAAGCUGCCGUUAAUGCCUCGAAUGUAAACCGAGCAGAGAGGAGGGUUCGCUGGUAAACCUUUACGUUGGUUAAGCCGUAGAGGACUCUCCCUGGUUGUGGAAGAGAAAAGAUGUGCGAUGGAAUGGUAGCGUUUCCGCCGAGAGCCCUGUCCUCCUCUUCCUCCGCUGCCUCCUCUUUGGCCCACAGGCUGGCAGCCCCUGUGCUUCUCCUGUUCCUCCUGCUCCCUCAUGGUCGCACAUCAGGUUGCCUGCACCCAUCCGGCGUGCAGCACGGAUACCUGCUCAACCAGACCGAAUCCAACUGGGCCUCUUUUCCUCCUGGCUACAAUCUAACAUACGGCUGUGAACAAGGAUACGCAGCAGAUGGACCCACUACCAUCACCUGUUCCAGUAAUGGAACCUGGUCCCAUCAUCCUCCAAGCUGCGUCAAGAGCAGAAUGUGUCCACCACCUAGCGAACCAGAAAACGGGGGCUACCGCUGCCGCUCUCCUCACUGCCAGAGUCUCACGCACGGGACAGUGAUUGAGUACUUCUGUGACGAGGGCUACGCUCUGAAAGGAGACUACAAUUUUCGCACUUGCAUUAACGGCGAAUGGGACCGUCCCAUGCAGAGCAGCUGCAGACUCGUAGAAGACAAAGAACCAAGCUCCCCGUUAGGUAUCCCAGCUCUGUCCAUUGUGGCGUCCACAGCGAGUUCUGUGGCUCUAAUCCUGCUUUUAGUGGUGCUGUUUGUUCUUGUACAGCCAAAACUCAAGUCUUUCCAUCACAACAGGAGGGAGCAGGGGGUCUCAGGCCAGUCCAGCUCCAUCAUGGUGGAGGGUGUCCAAGUGGCCCUGCCUUCUUAUGAAGAGGCUGUAUAUGGAAGCAGUGGACCCUGCAGCGGUCCUUCUCCACCACCGCCCACAGCUCCCCCAGAGUCGCGAGUCCCGAUCGUGCUUUCUGAGGGGCUUCCUCAAGGGGCCGCCGGAGGCCAAAGCUCCGGCAGAAGCCGCCACCACAGAGACUUUGACUUCUGUCUCCCAUCAACCUCCUCAUCCUCCUCCCGCUGUCACGCAGAGACUGUGCUAGUUCAUCAGGUGCCCUCUUCAUCUUCGUCAUGGGCUAGAGAGCACCCAGGUGGUGCAUGUGCAGGCCCCCUACCUCUCCGCAGAGACUCUGAAAGCAGCGACCAGCACAGUCUGCUUUCGGUCACCUCCACGGAUGAAUUUUCUGACGAUAUCCCCCUGUUGAAGGAAGCAUGAAGCCUGCUGGCCCGUUAUCAGCACCAGCAGCAGCACCUCCUUCCCCUAUCUCUCGCUGCUGUCCGGAACUGACUGUGGCUGUCAACCCAGUCCCCCCCCCCCACCCACCCCCCCAAGGCAGCCAGCAGAAAAGUAACUAGAACAAUGCCCAUUUCCCAUCUACCACCUCCUCUCUUCUAACUCAAGGCCAACAUCCAGUAUGAACUCUGCAACAUAAGAAAUGAUGUUACACCACAGGACCCAGCGACUGGAUUAAACUGAAGACGAGUCAAUCAAUGGUACCGUGGCUCUGUUCAGACGUGGCUCUGUUCAGACGUGGCUCUGUAACGUGCAUCCUGGCUGAUUUGACCCCAGUUACAAAUGUUUACACCUGGAAAACCCGCCUAAAACUCAUGAUCUAUCAGCUGUUUUUUACACAACUUUACUGUGAGCCUAGUUGUGUUUAAAUAUUAUGUGACAAAUUGUUGUAUAGUUU